AUGUCGCGUCGUGUCGCAGCUUGCGACAUUCGCUGUGCAGGAUCGUACACGACCUGGUUUGGGAUAGACGAGUCGGAAGUGGUUCGUCGUGUGCAAUCACGGCGGGGUAGCGGUGUAAGUGUCGCGGCGCGGAAGUUGCUCUACUUGAAUCGCUCCAAUCAAGAAUCGCUCCAAUCAAGGCUUACUUCGCAUCGCAUUGGAUGGCGCCUGGAACCGCCCGUGUUUGCAGUCUUCGAUAAUCACGCCGCCGACAAACCGAACAACGCCGACCGCGGGCCCGCGGUGCUGUUCUCGGUGCUGUGCCACUUGGCGCUGUUGCUGCUUUUGGCGUUGCUUACCAGCGCGGGACAAGGCGACGGGCCGCUGACGCUCUUGGCGAGUUUCGACGACGGCCUCGACGCCGAAGAGAGCCUCGAAGGCGUGCCAUCGGUCCAACUCGAGUCCGAACUCGAAACGCCCGCUGCCCUAGAGCUGAGCGAACUCCUCGAAGAAUCGCCUGUCGAGGCGCCUCGCAUUGACGUCGGCCUGCUGCCCAGCGGCGCUUCGCCCGGAGAGGUCUCGGCGAACGACUCCGGCUCGUUGUCGUCAUCGGUUCCCGGCGCCCCCCAGGCCGAGUUCUUCGGCGUGGGGUCGGGCGGACGAUCGUUCGUCUACGUCAUCGACUGCUCAACGAGCAUGAUCGAGCAGGGCAAGUUCGAGCACGCCAAGCAAGAACUCAUGCGAUCGCUCCGGGCGCUUCAGCCCAGCCAGAAGUACCUAAUCGUGCUGUUCAGCGAUGGCGCCUACCCGAUGGACGACCUCGAGCCCAUCAAGGCGAACAAGCGAAACCUCGACAAGACGGCGCAGUGGCUGUACGCGCUGGAGCCCGAAGGGGGCACCAAUCCGCUGCCGGCGUUGCUCUACGCGUUGUCGCUUGAGCCCAGCGCCGUUUUCUUUCUCUCCGACGGCCGCUUCGAGCCGCUGGUAAUCGAGACCAUCCGCAAGGAGAACCGCCCCGGUCGUGACCAAGUUCCGAUCCACACGAUCUCGUUCUACACCCGGCAGACCGAAGGGAUGAUGAAGUUCUUAGCACGGCUGUCGGGCGGGACGUACAAGUUCGUCGCGCAGCUUGAGCAGCCAUGA